AUGAACAUUGAUGACAAGCUGGAGGGGAUGCUGCUAAAGUGUGGUGGGGGAGUGGAUGAGAGGGUGGGGAUAGGGGGUGGGAGUCUGGUCGUCAUGACACUGGGCGAGAGGGGGUUAGCCCACCACCCCCUGUUAGCAGAUGAUGAUGAUGAAGAGGAUGAUGACCUGACAGAGGUUUCAAUAGUGUCUCAUGACCUGAUCGCAACUGAUGAACUGAUGGUACAUGAGGAGACUGUGAAGAAUGACCGGGAAGAGGGAAUGAUGCAGAGACUCUCACACAAGCUGCCAUGCACGCUCCACAUGCCUGUGAGUCCAUAUCAUGCAUACAUUCUUAUUGCCAGUCUUCUUCCGAUACAUGCGCUGUAGUGUAAACCAUGACAAUGGGUGAAUCUCAAGUCUUUGUUCUGUCCUCUCUCUGCCUCCUCUUUGAAGACUUGGGAUUCACCCAUUGAGAGCUUUGUCAUUCUGACUAUAAUCAGUGAAAUUAAUUCAUGUGAAGUGAUUAAACUAUGUUUUGCAGGUGAGCAUCAAACAAGAGUUGAAGCUGUCUUCGGAUCCACUGAUGCUGGGGAAGAAAGAGAGAAAACAGCCCAGGGACCUCACAUCAGAGUGUCACAAGAAGAAACGAAAACAACGCUCUCCUGCCAAGGUUCAAAUUAAUAUAUUUUAACUCUGGUUAUAUACACUGCUCAAAAAAAUAAAGGGAACACUUAAACAACACAAUGUAACUCCAAGUCAAUCACACUUCUGUGAAAUCAAACUGUCCACUUAGGAAGCAACACUGAUUGACAAUACAUUUCACAUGCUGUUGUGCAAAUGGAAUAGACAACAGGUGGAAAUUAUAGGCAAUUAGCAAGACACCCCCAAUAAAGAUGUGGUUUUGCAGGUGGUGACCACAGACCACUUCUCAGUUCCUAUGCUUCCUGGCUGAUGUUUUGGUCACUUUUGAAUGCUGGCGGUGCUUUCACUCUAGUGGUAUUAUGAGACGGAGUCUACAACCCACACAAGUGGCUCAGGUAGUGCAGCUCAUCCAGGAUGGCACAUCAAUGCGAGCUGUGGCAAGAAGGUUUGCUGUGUCUGUCAGCGUAGUGUCCAGAGCAUGGAGGCGCUACCAGGAGACAGGCCAGUACAUCAGGAGACGUGGAGGAGGCCGUAGGAGGGCAACAACCCAGCAGCAGGACCGCUACCUCCGCCUUUGUGCAAGGAGGAGCGGGAGGAGCACUGCCAGAGCCCUGCAAAAUGACCUCCAGCAGGCCACAAAUGUGCAUGUGUCUGCUCAAACGGUCAGAAACAGACUCCAUGAGGGUGGUAUGAGGGCCCGACGUCCACAGGUGGGGGUUGUGCUUACAGCCCAACACCGUGCAGGACGUUUGGCAUUUGCCAGAGAACACCAAGAUUGGCAAAUUCGCCACUGGCGCCCUGUGCUCUUCACAGAUGAAAGCAGGUUCACACUGAGCACAUGUGACAGACGUGACAAAGUCUGGAGACGCCGUGGAGAACGUUCUGCUGCCUGCAACAUCCUCCAGCAUGACCGGUUUGGCGGUGGGUCAGUCAUGGUGUGGGGUGGCAUUUCUUUGGGGGGCCGCACAGCCCUCCAUGUGCUCGCCAGAGGUAGCCUGACUGCCAUUAGGUACAGAGAUGAGAUCCUCAGACCCCUUGUGAGACCAUAUGCUGGUGCGGUUGGCCCUGGGUUCCUCCUAAUGCAAGAUAAUGCUAGACCUCAUGUGGCUGGAGUGUGUCAGCAGUUCCUGCAAGAGGAAGGGAUUGAUGCUAUGGACUGGCCCGCCCGUUCCCCAGACCUGAAUCCAAUUGAGCACAUCUGGGACAUCAUGUCUCGCUCCAUCCACCAACGCCACGUUGCACCACAGACUGUCCAGGAGUUGGCGGAUGCUUUAGUCCAGGUCUGGGAGGAGAUCCCUCAGGAGACCAUCCGCCACCUCAUCAGGAGCAUGCCCAGGCGUUGUAGGGAGGUCAUACAGGCACGUGGAGGCCACACAUACUACUGAGCCUCAUUUUGACUUGUUUUAAGGACAUUACAUCAAAGUUGGAUCAGCCUGUAGUGUGGUUUUCCACUUUAAUUUUGAAGGUGACUCCAAAUUUGAGCAGUGUAUUUGCUUGACACUAGGUCAUAAUCACAUGUUAUGUCCAGAUUAAAGAUCUAUAUUGUCACCUGAAAACUACCUAGAUGAAAACCACAUUUUUUUUUCUGGGUAAAUGCCGUGCUUUAGUUGUACAGAUAAAUUGCGAAAUAAUUGACAGACCUUUUGUUCUUGUCUUUCCAUGUAUCACUCUACUUUGGUUAGAUUCUCACCAUCAAUGAGGAUGGAUCAUUGGGUCUCCAGAGGCCAAAGUGUCAUGUGUGUGGGCACUGCAAUGCAGCCUUCCGAACGAACUACCAUCUACAAAGACACGUCUUCAUCCACACUGGUAUAAUGUAUUUUAUGACCGUCAAGUCUUUUGAUUAGCAUUAAAUGAACACAACAAUGAUUGUUAGUUACAUUGUCUUGCGUAAUAAGUAGGCUAACACAAUUUCCCAUUGAAUAUACGCAAGAAAAUAUGGUCAAACUUACUAUUGCUUGGUUUCAGGUGAGAAGCCAUUUCAGUGCAGCCAGUGUGAUAUGCGCUUCAUACAGAAGUAUCUUCUCCAGAGACAUGAGAAGAUCCACACUGGUAAGAUAAUGCCUCAUGAAGCUAUGAUUGAACUAUGGUAGCCAAUGAUUGGUCAAAGAUCUCACCUGUUGAAUGUUGAUGUUACUAGCCCACAGAAUGACCUGUCCCUUUGACUUUGUCAGGUGAGAAGCCCUUCCGCUGUGAGGAAUGUGGCAUGAGGUUCAUUCAGAAAUACCACAUGGAGAGGCACAGAAGGACCCACAGUGGAGAGAAGCCCUAUCAAUGUGACUGCUGCCACCAGGUUGGUUAUUUAUGUUAUCAAAGCAAAUGACAGACAAUGGAGUUGGUCUUGGCAAGACUGCACAAACAGGUCUGGGUACAGGCUACAUCACUAGCCUUCUAUUUGAAAAAUUAUGGUUUAUAUAGCAUGCAGAAGUUAUUUUUUAAAACAUCUUUUCUACUACUGUCCUUGUAUGCCACAAACCCAUUCGGCUUGUUUCCAACAGUACUUUUCCAGAACAGACCGGGUUCUAAAGCACAGGCGUAUGUGCCGUGAGAGGAAAGCCCACAAGACAGCAGCAGCGGGGAAAGAUGGAGGACUCCUGCGCAACACAGAAUCUCUGGGCUUCUCCUUCCCUACCAAAGAGUGCUCACUGCCCAAGAAGAAACGCCUGAAGACCUCAGACAAGCCUCAGUGCGCUCUCUCAGCUGCUGCCACUGAAGACGUUGCCACAGUCGCUUCUCUUGGCGACAUGGAUAAGGUGGAGCAAAGACCGAGCAAAAUCGAAUGUCUACCUCUCUAUGUGGUUUCCUCCAAGGUGGUCAAAGACGAGUAUGUGGUGGCAGAUUAUUCUGUGGAGCUUCCUGACUUAUCUGGCGGGCGGCAGUUGGGGCUGGGUGGGGAGAAUCUCUCCUCUGAGGAGAUUCAUCCUCCCAAGCUGGUCCUCAAGAAGGUCCCCAAGAGGAGUCUGAAGCAACCAACUGAACUUGAACCACCUGAGAGUUUGUCCCCUUUGUCCUCUUUCGAAGACUGCAAAGUCACCAGGUACACGUUCGAGAUCGUUGACAAACAAGAUCUUCUGGACGUGGAUGUGGCCAACUCUGACCUGGAGCCAGUAGAUGCUCUCCCAAGAGGGCAGACGAAACCAGCAUCCAGCAGCACAAACUACGACGAUGCCGUUCAGUUCUUGAAGAAGAAGAGGUAUCUCCAGCAGGUAGCUGUGGCCAACAACGACAACCGCGAUUACGCCGUUAAUGUAAGCAGCAUAGCGUCCCAGCCUUCCGCUACACAAGCCGCAGUGGCCAGCGUCAUAGACGAAACCGUUCCCGCCACCAUCUUGGAACCACAGCCGUUGAGCGUCGAGCUCAAGUCCAACCACGACAAGAACGUGCUCCCGGAUGAGGUUCUCCAGACUCUCCUGGACCACUACUCAAACAAGGCCAAUGGGCAGCCAGAUAUCUCCUUCAGUGUGGCUGACACUGAGGUGACCUCCAGAAUCUCCAUUAACUCCUCUGAUGUGUCUGAGGGCAGCCCGGUAGAAAGCUUGGGAGGUAACUCUCAAGCCCCACCAGCAGAGAAGUCUAGCCUCCUGCACGAGUACUCCAAGUUCCUCCAGCAAGCUCUGGAGAGGACUAGCCAGAACGAUAGCUACCUGAGCAGCCAGAGUCUUACCUUUGUCACCGAGAGCCCCAGCCUUUCCAACCAGCCUCUGUUCUCCACAGAGAAGCAGUACCCUUCCCCCAGCAGGUUUACCAUUGGUACUGGUAGGUCAGGGAUGAACUCUCCACUAAGGUCUAACUUGGAGAAACCACAUUUUGGACUCCUUGUAGGGGACUCCCAGCACUCCUUCUCAUUUUCGGGGGAUGAAACCACUACCUCGGCCGUGUCGCCAACCGAAGACUUUCUGGAGGGAGUUGCGUCCUCGAAAAAGACUGAUGCUCAAGGGUUGCAUCAGACUUAUCAAAUCAGCACCUUCGAUCAGAACUUCCCGUCGCAGUUCCAGACCUCACGUUCUGGAAUCACCUCCCAAUUUACUAUUGCCAAUGGACAAGUCAGUCUGCGAAGUCACGGAACAGACUUCUCUGAAUACCCUCUUGAGACGAGGUCUCAAUUGAACUCUUCCCCUGAUGCUACAAGCAGUCAAACGUUUGGUUGA